CUGGGGUAGAGAAACGAGCCCACAGUCCCAGCCGGCUGUGCCCUGCAUGGGGCCGGCUAAGCUCCCAAGGAGAUGGCCACCCGCGAAACGGAGCCAGCGCCUGGACAGCCUGUGAGCACAGGGUGAAGCCUGAGCGCGCGGAUGGCCAACACCACAGGGCUGCCCGGCACAGGGGUUCCAGGCUCGAUGGCACUGCUCCUGGCGGCAGCCGUGGAGGUGGCCGCACUGCUGGGCAACGGCGGGCUGCUGGUCGUGGUGCUGCGCACGCCAGGGCUGCGCGACGCGCUCUACCUGGUGCACCUGUGCAUCGUGGACCUGCUGGCGGCCGCCACCAUCAUGCCGCUGGGCCUGCUGGCCUCGCCGCCGGGCUUGGGCCGCGUGCGCCUGGGCCCCGCGCCCUGCCGCGCCGCGCGCUUCCUCUCGGCGGCGCUGCUGCCCGCCUGCACGCUGGCCGUGGCGGCGCUGGGCCUGGCGCGCUACCGCCUCAUCGUGCACCCGCUGCGUCCGGGCGCGCGGCCCGCGCCCAGCCUGGUGCUCACCACCGUGUGGGCCGCGGCCGGGCUGCUGGGCGCGCUCGCCCUGCUCGGGCCGCCGCCCGCCCCGCCCCCCGCCCCAGCUAGCUGCUCCGUGCUGGCGGGGGGCCUCGGGCCCUUCCGGCCGCUCUGGGCGCUGCUGGCCUUCGCGCUGCCCGCCCUCCUGCUGCUCGGCGCCUACGGCAGCAUCUUCCUGGUGGCGCGCCGCGCUGCCCUGGGGCCCCCGCGGCCCGCGCGCGGGGCUCGGCCUCGCUCCGACUCGCUGGACAGCCGCGUCUCCAUCCUGCCGCCCCUCCGGCCGCGCCUGCCCGGGGCCAAGGCAGCCCUGGCCCCAGCGCUGGCCGUGGGCCAGUUCGCAGCCUGCUGGCUGCCCUACGGCUGUGCGUGCCUGGCGCCCGCAGUGCAGGCCGCUGCGGCAGAGACGGCCGUCACCUGGGUGGCCUACUCGGCCUUCGCGGUGCACCCCUUCCUGUACGGCCUGCUGCAGCGCCCGGUGCGCAGGGCGCUGCGCCGCCUGGCCCGCCGAGCACUGCCCAGGCCUCCGAGGGCCUGCAUGCCAAAGGCCUGGCACCCGCGGGCACUGCUGCAGCACCUCCACGGGCCUCCAGAGGGCCCUGCAAAAGCAUCAGAUCAAGCCCGAGCGUUGGCUAGAAAGGAAUCUGAAGAUGCUGGAGGCCACCUGAGGGGAGAGCCCUCACACACGCCGAGCCCAGGACUGGAGAAAGGAGGGUGGUAUCAGAAGGGGCCUGUCCAGCCUCCUGCACAAACGUUGGCAGGUGCCCUGCCUUGACUUCCAGCUCUGCAACAGGUGGAAAGACCCCCGCUGCCUGGGGAGGCCCAGAGGCUUCUGGGAGCCAGGACUGCUGCCCCUUGUGUUCUUGUGCACUCCUUCCAUAGACCUUGGCUUUCCCUCUGUAUUCUGGACUGUGA